CGACUCCAGGCGCGGAAACGAGAGAAGAACAGAGGCUCCGGGAGGCAGCGCUGCCCCCCGCGCCCCGCACCGCUGCGGGACCCGCGCCGCGAGAGGGGUUGGACUUAGGGGCCUCGCGUGGCCGCCGGCGCCUGGGUUGGCGCUGCGGGGCGGAGGCGGUGUCUGAGCGCCGCUCCGGGUCUGCUCUCUCUCGAGCUUCGGCACCCGCCCGAGCCGCUCGCGCGCCCGCCACCUGUCUGCCCACUCCGCUGUCUAUCCGCCCUCCUGCCGCCAGCUCCGGCCUCGGGCCUGCCCUCUCCGGUCUCGGUGCUCCGAGGGGCAACGAGAAGCGCGGCGGGGCCGUGGCGCACCGGGCAGGGCGCGCGAGGCGCACGGCCGGGGGGGCGCACGGCUCGGCGCCGGCCCAUGAGGCUUUCCAGCGCGGGGAGCGGCAGCGCCGGCCGGCCAUGGGGGGUAGCCUGCGGGUGGCCGUUCUAGGCGCCCCGGGCGUGGGCAAGACGGCCAUCAUCCGCCAGUUCCUGUUCGGUGACUACCCCGAGCGCCACCGGCCCACGGACGGGCCGCGCCUCUACCGACCCGCGGUGCUGCUCGACGGCGCCGUCUACGACUUGAGCAUCCGCGACGGCGACGUCGCUGGCCCCGGCUCGAGCCCCGGGGGUCCGGAGGAGUGGCCAGACGCUAAGGACUGGAGCUUGCAGGACACGGACGCCUUCGUGCUCGUCUACGACAUCUGCAGCCCGGACAGUUUCGACUACGUGAAGGCCCUGCGGCAGCGCAUCGCGGAGACCAGGCCGGCGGGCGCGCCCGAAGCGCCCAUCCUCGUGGUAGGCAACAAGCGGGACAGGCAGCGGCUGCGCUUCGGACCGCGGCGCGCGCUGGCCGCCCUGGUGCGUAGGGGAUGGCGCUGCGGCUACCUCGAGUGCUCAGCCAAGUACAACUGGCACGUGCUGCGUCUCUUCCGCGAGCUGCUGCGCUGCGCUCUGGUGCGCGCGCGCCCUGCACACCCGGCCCUGCGCCUGCAGGGGGCGCUGCAUCCCGCGCGCUGCAGCCUCAUGUGACCCGAUUGGACAAUGCCAUCCAUGGGCCCCACCUUGUAACUGGGACAACCAGGGACCUGGAUUGGACGGGAUUACCCAACUUCACUGGGACUGGACAGGGCAGUCUCCGCCCUGAUUGGAUGAGGAAAGUUCCAACCCAGUCUCCUAAGCGACGGGCCCCUUUUUGAACCUCAUUGGACCCAACCAGGUCCCAAGCUCCAUUGGAGAUGGCCAGCCCUUUCUGGGACCUCAGUGGGGUCACAGUCCCAUUGGAUGGAAAGGACUUGGCUAUGAAUUUGACUGGAAACACGCAGCCUGCUCCUGGAGCUUCACUGGACAUAUUCUUUAUGCCACACCUAUCGCGGGAUAAUAAAAGGGAAAAUAAUUUGA